AUGGGAAGGAUUUCGGCACUGAAGCCUGGAAAAGAUGGAGCCAUAAGAGAAGUAGAACUGCAUAUGCCCAACAGAAACAUUCUCAGGCGUCCCAUCAAUCUACUCGUCCCUCUGGAACUGAACGACGAUACAGAAUCCCUGAGAGAAAGCCAACAACCCGAACUCAAACUCAUUCCGUGUACAGAACAGCAAAAUCCACCAAGACGGUACAAUCUUCGCAGCACAGCACAUAUCGGUCCACCAGAAGCAAGCAAUCAAAACGUCAACAUCAUUGAAAAGCCGGGAGUAUAG